UUUGAAGGUGGGCUAUAAAUUUCAGAAUCAAGGCUGCGUGAAAGCUGACGACACUCGGGUGGCGGAACAUAAUCAGUCAGAGUAACCCGCAUUCGGAGCGAAAGCGUAAACAAAAGUUUGUUUGUAUCUCUGGCUACCGAGCGACUAGCAACUAGACAGCAGGAAUUCAAAGCUUCUGAGAUCGCAACCGAGAGGGAAGAAUGUUGUCUUUAAGGGUGGAAGUAGCCAUCAGGAACGGCGCCAAGCAUUUGGCAGAGGGUCCUCACUGGGAUGAGGACACUCAGACGCUGCUGUACGUUGACCUCACAGGUCACGAGGUACACCGCUGGAACCCGGUCACCAAGGAGGACACCAAAGUCACCCUCGACGACAACGUUACCUUCGUUAUCCCCCGGCGCCAGGGAGGGCUGAUGGUGGGACUGGGCCGGACGAUCUCCCAGCUUGACUGGGACUCACAGACCGUGACAAAAAUCGUCGAGGUGGAUCAGGGCACCAACAACCGCUUCAACGACGGCAAGUGCGAUGCCAAGGGCCGUCUGUGGGCAGGUACCAUGGGCUCUAACCCCAACCCACCAGCGCCCCCACAAGGGUCGCUGUACAGCCUUGGCCUUGACCGCACCGUUAGAAAGCAGGCCACGAACUUUUACCUUUCUAACGGUUUGGCGUGGACAGACGACAACCAAACCAUGUUCUUCAUCGACUCUCCAGCAAGGAAACUCUACGCCUUCGACUUCGAUCUGGAAGGAGGAAACAUAAGCAACCAAAGAGCAGCCAUUGACAUGGCCACUGCCGCUCCUGACAUCGGAGGGGUGCCGGAUGGAAUGAACAUCGACACGGAGGGGAAGCUGUGGGUGGCCUUCUACGACGGGGGAGUGAUUGGUAGAUUCGAUCCCGUGACAGGUACACACCUUCAAACGCUCAAGUUCCCAGUCACCCAGGUGACAUCCAUGUGCUGGGGAGGCCGCAACCACGACGAGUUGUACGUCACAAGUGGACGACAAGGUCACCCGAGGAGUACUUCCUCCGAGAAGAACCACUGGCUGGAUCCGUUUUCAGGGUUACAGGCUCGGGGUAUAAAGGUCGCGCAGCCUACGUAUAUGAGGGUUGACCGACCAGUCCCGAGUUUUCGAAGGUACCCCAAAAAACUUGAGAUAACAACAUGGGUGGCUGUAAUAAAUAAAACCUAAAAUAUUCCUAAUGAACCAUGAGAAAAGGACAGGUUUUGAGCUAAGUAUCCUAUUUCCCGUUGUCGGUUAGUACUGACUGCUUGACUACUUAUCAUUGUGUGUUUUUGGCAUAGAAUGAUUUAAACUUCCAUAAUUUUUAGUCCUUAUAACUUACUGCACUAUUUAGGUUUUUAUUAUUCUUUUAUACGCAAUCGAUUAUUUAUUGAUUCAUAUAUUAUGCUCCUUCUGAUUGUGAUUGUGCAAUAAAACGCAUUAUUUCAAUGAAGUCUUUACUUAAAAAACCUACUACUUGAGAAGAACAUGUCAAAUACUAUAAAGAGACAACACAGAAAUGACUGACACAUGAAACACAAAUGUCAUUAUAAAGACUAGAAAUCACAAGCAAAACACUAUCUGUCUUUGUUCUUUUUCUAUUUGUUCUUGAAUCUCUCCCCCUCACUAACCAACACACACACACAAGAACACAAUCUGAUAUAAUAAGUACAACUCUGACACAUUAUUUCUUGUCUUCAACGUUGUAGACUGUUAACAUCUUUUCAUGUUCUAAUAAAGUAUUUAAAAACAUA